AUGGCAGAAGCGGAAAAGAUCAAUUUGGAUAAUAUAAUUUCUCGACUCCUUGAAGGUAAGUCCGCUUUGUUUAACUUUAUGGGAUUUAGUUCGCGGCUCCAAACCUGGCAAGAACGUUCAGCUUACCGAGAAUGAAAUCAAAGGCCUGUGUUUCAAAUCCAGGGAGAUCUUCAUGAGCCAGCCCAUCCUUCUGGAGUUGGAGGCACCUUUGAAGAUUUGUGGAGAUGUCCAUGGACAAUACUAUGAUCUCUUACGAUUGUUCGAAUACGGAGGCUUCCCACCAGAGUCCAACUACUUGUUCCUGGGUGAUUACGUUGACCGAGGUGAGUAUGCCAAUUUAAUCUUCUCUUCGAUGGAAGAUCUCCCAGAAGUCUGGUAACGGAAGGGACUUCUUUAUCACCUAGUUCUUUCCGGAUGGUUGAUUUGGUCUUUCUUUAACCGUGUGUUACGGAAUUACAGAAUUGAAAAUUAGUGGCGUUUGAUGGAUUUCCCGCUUCCACGAACGCCGAGUAAUUAUCUUAUCGGGUGUUUACGUGCUGAAUGAAAAUUAAUUUUCAGGAAAGCAGAGUUUGGAGACAAUAUGUCUUUUGUUGGCCUACAAAGUGAAAUACCCCGAGAAUUUCUUUUUACUCAGAGGAAACCACGAAUGUGCAUCGAUCAACCGGAUUUAUGGAUUCUACGAUGAAUGUAAAAGACGAUAUAACAUUAGACUAUGGAAGCAUUUCACUGACUGUUUCAACUGCUUGCCGGUUGCUGCCAUUAUCGAUGAGAAGAUCUUCUGUUGCCAUGGAGGAUUAUCGCCCGACCUUCGAUCAAUGGAACAGAUCCGUCGAUUUAUGAGACCGACUGACGUGCCAGAUCAGGGAUUAUUAUGUGAUUUAUUGUGGUCGGAUCCUGACAAGGAUGUGGUUGGUUGGGGAGAGAAUGACCGUGGGGUCUCCUUCACUUUCGGUCCUGAAGUGGUCUCCAAAUUUUUGAAUCAGCAUGAUCUUGAUCUCAUCUGUCGUGCUCACCAGGUAAACUUUACUGAUGUUUGUCUUCCGACUUAGGAAAACUUAAAUCGCUGCAACCUGGCCUUAGAAUCCUUACCACUCUGCAGACUGUCUUCCCUAUUGGCAGCUGCCUUUGUUUAUUUACAUUAUUCUUUGUCCUUUCAGGUCGUCGAAGACGGGUAUGAAUUCUUUGCAAAACGUCAGCUGGUUACACUUUUCUCCGCACCCAAUUACUGCGGUGAAUUCGACAAUGCGGGUUCAAUGAUGACAGUGGACGAGACGUUGAUGUGUUCCUUCCAAAUUCUAAAACCGUCAGACAAGAAGAAGUUCACGUACGGCAACUCUUCGGGUCCCAAUCGCCCCACCACACCUCCUCGAAACAAUCAAACCCCCGGUAAAAAGGGCAAAAAGUAAGGAGUUUUCUUGUUUUUGUUGACAUUUAGUUAAUCCGAAGCCCAAUUUUUUCUUGGAAAUGGAUCUUUGCUUCCGUAAACUUUUUAAUCACUGGCCGAUUAUAAAAGAGUACUUUCAGUUGA